AUGUCUACCAAAGCUGGUUGGGAAUUUCAAUGUUCCAACUCAAAUUGCUCACCAUUGGCCGUUGUUAUUGUGUCGAAUAUCCGCCAGUGUCAAAUGGCUUGUUUAGCUGAAGUCCAUUGUAAAGCAAUUAGUUUUCAUAAAUCAUCGUCUAAUUGUGAAUUAUUUGCUGAUAUAUCAAACCAAAAUAUCAAUCUGGUGAGCAACACGGACAUUAUUACUAUGAUUGUUAUGGAUGGAACACGAAUUCCACCCGAACCGACUACCACAUCAACAACAACAUCAUCAUCCACUUCAUCAUCAACAUCGUCAACCUCAACAACAACAUCAUCAUCAACAACAACAUCGUCAUCAACAUCAACAACAACCUCAUCAUCAACAUCAACGACAACAACAUCAUCCACAUCGUCAACAUCAACAACAACAACUACUACUUCAUCAUCAACAGCAUCCACAUCGUCAACAACAACAUCAACAACAUCAGUAACAACAACAGCCGGCUGCAGUACGUUUCUUAAUCAAACUACUUACGCAUUUGGUAACGAACCAUUCUCAGUAGCAGUUGUCGAUGUGAAUAGCGACAAUAAACCCGAUAUUGUUAUUGCAAACGAUGGCGAUAACACCCUCGGUAUUCUUCUCAACGCAGGCAGUGGUAUCUUUAAUGCUGAAACUAUUUACCCAGUUGGUACGACUCCACGAUCAGCAACAGUCGUCGAUGUGAAUAGCGACAGCAACGGCACCUUUAAGGCUCAAACUAAUUACACAGUUGGCACUAACCCUUCGGCAGUAUCAGUCGUCGAUGUAAAUAGUGACAACAAACCCGAUAUUGUUAUUGCAAACGAUGGCGAUAACAACGUCGGUGUUCUUCUCAACGCAGGCAAUGGUAUUUUUAAUGCUCAAACUACUUACCCAGUUGGUACGUACCCAGUAGCAGUAGCAGUCGUCGAUGUGAAUAGCGACAGUAAACCCGAUAUUAUUGUUGCAAAUUAUGGUUCGAACAACAUCGGUGUUCUUCUCAACACAGGCAACGGCACCUUUACUGCUCAAACUAAUUACACAGUUGAUAGUGAACCAUAUUCAGUAGCAGUCGUCGACGUGAAUAGUGACAAUAAACCCGAUAUUAUUGUUGCAAACACUGGUUCGAACACCGUCGGUGUUCUUCUCAACAUAGGCAACGGCACCUUUACUGCUCAAACUACUUACGCAGUUGGUGCUACUCCACGAUCAGUAGCAGUCGUUGAUGUGAAUAGCGACAGUAAACCCGAUAUUGUUGUUGUAAAUUAUGGUUCGCCAUACACCGUCGGUGUUCUCUUACAUUGUUAA